GCUUCCAAUGUAUUUGCUAGGCAGGUGUAUACAAGAAAUAGCUGCAGAAAAAAUGGCGAACGUUAUGCAGAGUUUUUUUUUUUUUCUUAUGCAACAUUAAAAUUGUUAAUGGUUAAUUAAAACCGAGCGCUUUGUUUGGCGCAUAUGUUAUUAUAUAAAAUUGGUUAAGAUGUUGGAUUAUGGUUAUUAAGAUUUUUGUGAUUGGCUGGUUAUUAUUACUAUGCGUUAAGAAAAUUUCAUCAAGUGGCCUCUGUCAGCAACAAGCUCAAAGUGCUUUUCAACUUUUAUCCCUGGGAAAUGCCUAUUCAAAAGAAGAAUGUUUUAACCACUGUUGUAAAAGAAAAGAAUGCCAAAUAUCAAUAUUAAUCCGAAGAAGAUGUUUUGGAAUCAAUUGCUCUAACAAAAAUUUAUGUAAAGUUAUUACUGAGCAACUUUUUAAUUUCAAAGGCCACAGAGUAGAUAAAAGAUCUGACGGUCAAAAUGAAUUUAAUGAUAUUAAUGACAUGAAUCAAUAUAAUUUGACCUCUAAUUUUAAAAAAGAGUUUACUCAUGCUACUGAUGAAAAAUUUAACAAUGUUUACAAUAAUGAUGAGCACAACACUACUAAUGUUACUAUCUUUGAUGAAAAAUUGAUCCCAUUAAUUCAGCAAAAAGUAUCUACUUCUCUUCCAACUUCUUUUCCUAUUAAAAGAGUGAAAAGAAAUUAUAUUGAUGAAGUUGAAGAUAAUAAUGGUGUAAUGACAAAUGCAACAAAUGUCGAAGAGAGGAUCAGUUAUAAUGAUGACAAUGAUAAAGCAAUGAUUACAAAUGCAACUGAUGUUCGUGAAAAAAGAUUUUCUGCAGAUGAUAGCAAUAGCGAUGAAAAUGACAAUGAAAAUGAUUUGAAUAGGUAUGUUGAAACUUCUGGUAAUAAUGCAGGUGAAUCAGAAAUAGUGGGGGAUAAUGGAAUUGAACUGCAAUGUGCUAAAUCAGAAUUUAAACAUUCAACAAUCCCAAAGCGCAAAAAGAGCUAUUUGUUUAAACAGCUUCAUGGAGAAGUUACUAAACUAUCUGAUUGCAGCAAGAAGUGCUGCAAGACAGAUGAAUGUGUUCUUGCGUUUACGAUAGAAACUUUUUGCUAUGCAGUUAUUUGCUCUGAUGAUUCCAACUUUUGUCAUUCUAAUAGAGACAAACUGCCAAGUUUAAAAAUUCUUCUUGCAGUUUUAUCUCCAAAAAAAGAAAUAGCAUACCCCAGAAGAUUUACAAAAAUACACAAAAAAAAAAAGAUUCAACAAGAGAAUUCAGAAGAGCGACAUGCAUUAAAUGCUGAGUAUAUUGGAAGUUUUGAUGCUGCAGGCAGCUUUAAAAAAACUCAGGACUAUGAUAUAAAUAACAGAUUAUCGAAUCAGGGAGGACUAGUUAAUCAGCCAUUGGAUUAUCACCAACACAGUCAUGAUAUUUUUCAAAAAAAGGAAGAAGUACCACACUUUGACGAACUUAGUGACGAUAUCAGAAUGCUUAAGUAUGCCAAUAGUAAAAUGAAUACAUUACAAGUAGAUGAUGAUAAAAUGGGCAACUAUAACUCUCAUUAUGAAGGUCUUGAACCAGCAGAGUUUAUCAAACAACAGCAAGACACAUAUGUUCCGCUACCAGAUAGUCUUCACAAUGCAGGUUAUUUUAAUGAAAUCAGAGGGCAAUCUGAAGAUUUUUUAAAUCAUCAAACAAGUUCUGAUCAAUCGAAGGAAAACCACAGCAAACCUCAUUCGUUUUUCAAUAAAGAAAAUGAAAAUGAAUUUAAAAAUGAUGAAAAUGAUUCAACCGAUCAAUCUAUCAAAAGGAUACCAACUAAUAGAUCAUUUAAAUUAAAACACAAUUAUGCUGACGCACAUGCUGAAGGCGAUUAUGAUUCUAGUUAUCCAACAUUUAAGCAUUCAACUGUUUCUCAUCACACCACAAAACACAUUUCAAAAACCUCUCCAAAAAGUAACUUUUCUACGAAGAAAACUAAACAUAUUGAAAAAAGUAUAGAGGAUGAAGGUAGCUCAGGUGCUGGUGGAUUAAAUAUAGAAAAACACUUAAAAAAGGUAAAUGAUAACUUGUCAACAACAAAAUAUAAACAUACUGAAAAAAGUAUCGAGGAGGUAGGUAGUGGAGACACAGUAAAUUCAGAUAAAAACAAGAAAGAAGCUUCAAAUAGCAUGAAAACUAAGAAAUCUAAGCAUACCGAAAAUAGUAUUGAUGAGGAGAAUAAAGCUGAUGCAGAAAAUUUAGAUAAACACAAGAAAGAAAGAUCAAAUAACAUGAAAACUAAGAAAUCUAAACAUACUGAAAUUAGUAUUAAUGAGGAGAAUAAAGUAGAUGAAGAAAAUUUGAAUAAACAUAAGAAUGAAAGACCAAAUAACAUAAAAAUUAAGAAAUCUAAACAUACUGAAAAUAGUAUUGAUGAGGAGAAUAAAGCAGAUAAAGAAAGUUUAGAAAAAUACAAGAAUGAAACGCCAAAUAACAUGAAAGUUAAAAAAUCUAAACAUAUUGAAAAAAGCAUUGGUGAGGAAAGUAAAACAGAUGAAGAAAGUUUAAAUAAGCACAAGAAAGGAAAAUCAGUUACUAUGAAAUUUAAGAAAUCUAAACAUGAUGAAAAAAGUAUUGAUGAAGAAGGUAGUGCAGAUGCAAUAAAUUUGAAUAAAUACAAGAAAAAAAUAACUGACACAACUGAGAAUUCUAAACAUACAGAAAAAAGUAUAGACGAAGAAGGUAGUGCUGAUACAGAAAGUUUUAAAUCACACAAGAAUAAAAAAGUUAAAACAAAUAAAAAAGAAGCUGAAAAAGAGGACCUGAUAUUAAAAAAAAUUGCAAGUCUUGAGGCUAAACUUGCAGAAAAAUUUUCGAGCAAUAACACAGCUAGUGCAAUACAAUCAAAUGUUAUAAACAAUAAUGCACCAGAGAAAGAAAAAAGUUUAAAAAAUCAAAAAAAACAUAUAAUUCAAGUCACUAAUAAAAAUGAUUCAUCCGAUAAUUCUAAACAUACAAAGAAAAAAGAAAAACACCAAGUUAAAAAGUCAACAAAUUUUAAAAAGAAAAAUGACUUGAAAAAUGAUUCAUCUCAUGAAACAAACCACAUAGAUUCAACAGAAAAAGAAGGUUCAACAGAAGAACAUCCAAAUGAAGGGUUUGACUUUAGUAAAACUGAAGAAAAAGAACAUGGCUCUGGUUCAGGAAUAGAAGAAGAUAAAAUUUUGCAAUCUAAAAAAGUUAAUGUUGUAAAAGGCACAAAAAAAGAGGUUGUUGGUAGCAAUAAAAAUAAAAACAAUGUUACAAAAAAAAAAAAAAAACAUGAAAAAAAGUCAAAAAAAACAGAACAAACCAAAAAAUUGUCCAAAAUACUUCAUAAAACUGAAAAAUCGACAAAAAAAUCUUCGAAAAUAGUUCAUGAAACUGAAAAAUUAACAGAAAAAUCUUCCAAAAUAGUUCAUGAAACUGAAAAAUCAACAGAAAAAUCUUCCAAAAAAGUUCAUGAAACUGAAAAAUCAAAUGUUAAUUCAACAGUUAAAAUAAAAAAAUCUAAAGAACAAAAUUCAAGUGUUCUUUCAAAAGUUAUUCAUGAAGAUGAUGAUGAAGAAGGGUCUGCAGAUCGAAAAUUGCAGACUACUUUAAAACUUUCUUUUAACCAUAAGUUGAACAAAACAUCUGAUAAUAAAAAUGAAGAAAACAUAGGGAGAAACACAACCUCCAAUGAAAAGAGUAUUGAAAAAAGUAUGAAUCCUACAACCAAUUCUCAUGAGAUUAAACCUACUAUUCUUGAGGAUAUACAGAGUACAAAAAAAAACGAAUCUCUUAGUUACAAAAAUACUACAGUUACACAUUUUAAAAAACCUAUUCUUAAUGAAAGUACUCUUAAUACUAAUGAAAAAACAUCAAUAACUCAUGACAAAAGAAUAAUACUACUCAAUCAAACUGUAUCAACAAAUACAUCUCAAUCUUCUAAGCGACAUCAUAUUCCACACAAAAAAAAGAAUAAAAAAAAACUUUUAAAUAACUCAACUCAGUCAAUACAACCCAUUGCAACCAUUAAAAAGCAUAAAAAUAUUGAUGUAUUUAAAAAGUUUGAGAAACUGCGUGAAUUAUAUGAGAGUGGAGUAAAUAUGAAAGCUCACCGUAAAGAGCUUAAAGUAUUAGAAGCCGAGUUAAUAGGGAGCGGUGAUGCUUCUGGAGAAGAUAUGUUACCUAGUAAAACUGUAAAAGUAAAAACUAAUAAAAAAAAGGUUUUAGAAUCCAAGAAAAUAAUCUCAACAGUUGCUCCAACAACUAUUACAACACCCUCAUCAACAACACCUUUAUCAACAACACCCUUAUCAACACCAUCUUCAACAACAUUAACAUCUACAACAACAGCUACAACAAUUACAACCACAUUAACAACAACUUAUAAAAAACAAAAAACAACUCCACUGCUACUGCAAACUGUAAAACCAAAAAUUUUACCAUUUAAAUCUAGUAAAUUAGAGCGGAAAAAUUUUCUUCACGUAAAAGUAAAACCAACCCCACCUGCUAUAAAAAAAGGAAAACCUACUCAUAAAAACAAGCAAAAACUGGCUGUCACCCAGCAUCCUAGAACUGUACCAACAGUUUUAGUAGAUCCUGAAACAGACAAGAUGAUUAAUCACACACUUAAUAAAACUGAAAACAAUAACAACAAUAAUGAUAAAGACCAUUUAAUAUUAGUAACAACUACUCCUAAAGCUCACACAUUAAAAAUUUCCACAUCUAAAGCUCCUACACCAAAAUCAACCACUUUAAGAUCAACAACAGCAAAGUCCCCCACUCUAAAGUCAACAAUAUUAAAAGUUCCCACAUUAAAUAUUGCUAUUGGAGAUGAGCCUGAAGGUCCAGUAAUUUUUAUUCCAUCUGAAAAAUCAAUUUCUGAAAAGACAAAAUUGAAAGCUUCUUUGGUUAAAACUUCAAAAGCUGUUAAUACCCACAAACCUGAUCAUCAAAAAAAGUUACAGCAUGUUCCAACAAAAUCUUUUGUUGCUCAAAAAAAGUUAAAUAAACCAACAAAGCUCUCUGUAAAAAUAAAAGAAAUGAAAGUUCACAAACCUUCUAACAAACAUAUUUUUAAACCAACUAACAAACCUACAUUUCACAUGACUCCAAAGCAAACAAAUAAAGUUCAAAAGGAAAAAUUGAAACCAAAAACACUUAAGAUUACGCUUACAACACAAAAAACAACUUUAUAUAAACCAACAGUACACCCAAAACCUUUUUCACAAAUGUCAUUGGAAAAAAAGCUUCUUCAGACUACCUAUGCACCAUUUUUAAAAAAUCAUAAUUUUAACAAUGUUCCUUUGAAUAUAUUACCAACUAAACUACCUGCAUUACCUGGAUUACCACAGCAUUAUAAGUUCUUUCUACCAUUUCAAGGAAAUGACAUGAAAACUCACCCCUCUCCUACAAUUUCCCAUACCAAUUCUUAUUUUAAUAAAAAUGAACCUCUAGGGAACCCUCUAGUUAAUGCUUUUAAGAGUUUACAAAAUCAGCCUUACUUAUUUAAUCAGGAUUUGUUACCAAAUAAUAAAAAAAACCUGGGCGAAAGCAGUUCUCAUAGCAUGGAUGAUGAUAUGCCAAAUGUUAUUGGUGCACCAAAGUUUGAUAAAUCAAUAGCUAAUCCUAAACAGCCAGUUUUUAAUAAACCUUCUACUUUAACAUUUAAAAUAAUCCCUAAUCACAUUAGCCAUUUGCCUUUAAACAAUCCCACAAAGCAGCAAAUAAUUCCCGAUCAAAAAAACACAAUGUCCCAAACUGAUUUGUUAAAAACUUUAGCAGAUAUAUUACGAAAAAAGCCUGAGCAUAUUCAAGGUUUGAAUAACAUGACAAUUUAUAAAACCAGUGAAAGUCACCUUGUAAUGCAUUCACCAACACUUCGUGUUAAACAUAUUACUACAAAAGGAAAACCUCAUUUGUCUAAAAAACCAACAACAAAACAAAUUUCUAGGGUAAAUGAAAAUAAAAACUUGCUAAGUUUUUCUCAUGAACAUAAUCCCCAUAUGCUUCCAAAUCAAAUAUCAGCUCAUAAACAAAAAGAAAACAACACAUCUCAACAUAAUCAAAAAGAAAAAUUACCCAUUUCUGCAGUGCAUGUUAGUAAACAUCCAGUCGUUUUAACAACACAUAACAACACACUUUUGCACUUACCAACUAAAAAAGUUACUGAAAAGAAAAAACUUUUGCUUACUGGAAACAAAAAGGAGUCACCAACAGAAAAGAAAAAAGAGUCACCAACACAAAAGAAAAAAGAAUCACCUUUAGAAGUUAUUAGUCGUUUAUUAGGCAAUAAAAAAGACUCUAAAAGCUCAGCUCUUGACGAUUUUUUUAACGAGCACAAAGUUGCAUUGAACCCUUUAUCUAGUAUUCAUAAAUCUACAGAUCAAAUGCUUAAAAAGAGCCCCAACAAGCUUGAAAGUUUUUUCAAGAAAACAGAAAUCAAAGAAAAACCUCCAUCAAGAAACGAAUCAAUAAAUCAUAAAAACUUAGUAGAAGAAAGCAGAUCAAAAGAAGAGAGCAAAUCAACAAAAAACUGCAGAAUCAUGAAAGAUUUGAAAAAUACGGUUUUUAGCAAUGAACAUGUUGGAACAAUCCAGAAUAUUCCAGGACAAUCAAAUAUGAGUAGUUGUUUUGAAAAAUGCUGCCAUAUUGAUACAUGCCAUGUUGCUAUGCUUGAUGUUGGUGUAUGCAAACUAGUUCACUGCAAUAACCAUGAACUGUGUCAUUCGCUUCUUACUACAAAAAGAGAUGUGCACUUGGUAUUUUUAGAAAAAAAUAUUUCUGACAUGGAACCAAAGAGAUUUUGUGUAAAGCAGAAUUCGAUAGGUGUGCCAUGGGAACCAACACUAGCUGGCUCAACAGCUAUGCGAAGUUGUCCACGUGAUGCUUUUGGUCAAGCAAAACGAAAAUGUGAUAUUCAUGCACAUUGGCAAUCUCCUGAUUUUAGUGAAUGUACCUCACUUGAAUAUUCUAACAUGGAGCAGAAGAUAAAUGGUUUAGGUUACACAGAAAGUGCUCGUUCUCUUGUCAGAGAAAUUGAGGACAUUACAACGCAAUCUAUUGAUAACUCAAUGAUUUUUGGAGGAGAUCUUAUGAGAGCAACGAAAGCAAUAACUGGGAUUGUUAGGUUUAUUACUGAAACUAAAGCGGAAUCAUUUGACCAUACUGAUUUAAAGAGUUUCACCAAAUCAAUCAGCAAUAUGCUUGACGAGACGAACAAACAAGAAUGGAUGAAUAUUCAACAGGUUCCUGGUCCUUCUAGGCUCAUGAAUUCUCUCGAUGAAAUUGGUUUGUAUAGUGCAGAGAGAAUGGCUGUACCAUCUGAAAUGAAACCAGUCAUUACAAGAAGUAUAUUGCUGUCUGUUGUAAAACGCUUUCCUGGUCGGGCUAGCUAUUCUUUUCCUAACUACACUUUAUCAGAAAUUAGUGGCUGGUCAAACAGAAGGGAUUCGAUUAGUGUUCCUUAUCAAGCAUUUUCAAAAGAUAAAGAAACUUUGAUAGCAAGUGCAAAUUUCAAGACACUCGGACUCUUGUUACCUCACAGGUGGAAUACAAAAAAGCAUGUCACAUUCACUGAUGGUUUUGUUGUUAAUAGCAAUGUGAUUUCAUGUAGUAUUUCACCAAAACCAAUUUUGAUUCAACCACCUGUUAUAAUUACGCUGCAUCAUUUAAAGGAGUUUCCUGGAGGUGAAAGCAAAUGUGUUUUCUGGGAUAUCAGAAAUGAUGCUGGUGGAAGUUGGUCAGUUGAAGGAUGUAACCUAAUAUCUAGCAACAGAACAAUGAGUAUUUGCUCUUGUAACCAUUUGACUCAUUUUGCAGUGCUCACUCAUACGGGAGAUCAAAAGGUUUCAGCAAAAGAACAAGCAAAAGAACAUUCUAUGGCUGCAAUGUGGCUUGGGAUACCUUUGGGUAUUUUACUAAUUGUUGCAUCAUUUUAUACAUGUUUUACAUGGUCAAAAGCUCCAAGAAGAAGACAUGUUGUCAUAAUGGACAAAAAACCAACUCUUCCAGAAAAUGAGGAAAUUGUAACUAAAAGAGUGUCAGAAAAAUACCCAGGAUCUCCUGACAGAUACCUUUAUGCAGCUAAUAUAACUCCAAGCCCAUCUGAACUAGAAUGGGAACAUGCAUGGGAUUUUCUUGCAAAUUCUCACUUUAAUGGAAGCAAAAAAAUAUUAAAAAACCAUUUUAAGAAAGAAUAUACAAAGAAAGUAGUAUGUGAUGUGCAAGUAGCAUGGAAGGAAAAAGAAACAGAUAGCAUUGCAACAGUUGAUUCUCAAGGCUCGUGUUUUCAAUGGAAACAUCAAGAUGAUUUCGAAUGGUCAAAAGAUAGAAUUAAAUGCUUAGGAAGAGGUUUACUAAAUGUAAGCACAGAACAAUUACAACAUUCGAUGUCUAGCACAAGCUUUAACUAUGAUGCUCCGCCAUCUUUUGAGAUUGCAAGCCAUUUAGAUACAUUUUCACCAAUAGCUAUGUCUUCUCCACAGUCGGUUUCCAUUGAGGAAUUACUCGGUAUGAAAAGAUGUAAGCCACUAUUAAGGUGCAACUAUUUGCAAAUUUCCUUUGAUCCAGACGAGGAAGUGAAAACGCCUGAACUUUUUAGAUCAAUAGUAAGCUUGACUGAUGACUUUAGUGAUAGCAUUAACGAAACUAUUAACCAGGACAUUAGUUUAACUGAGUUAACACAGAAUGAUAUAAGCUGUUCUGAAGAAAUAUCAGUUCCUUCAGAUGAUAUGCUGUUGAAUAUACCUCCAUUGUAUUCUCAACUUUCUCCUAAAAAAGUUAAUUUGGAAACAGUUCAUCCGAUCAAAACAAAUGAAAAUAAUUCAAUCAAAAUAGAUCAAAAUCAACCAGUUGUUGAAUUUAUUUCCAAUUCACACAUUUUCAACCUUCAUUCUUUUGAAGAAGAAAAUAGUUUGGUGUGCAAAGAUAAUUGUUGUAUGGUUUACUUAGACAAACUCUUUGAAGAUGUUGUUGAAAAUGGUUUGGAAGAUGCUAAACAUGAAAGAUCCAUGGAAGAUGUUAGAUAUGAUUCUAUUCCUAGUAGCAUUAAUGGAUCUGACCAAUCUUUGUUCUUAAAAAUUCGUCAGCCAUCAAAUACCAACCAAUAUUCUAUAAUGAAAAAAAUGUAUUUUCGCAUUAAUAUGCCAAAAUCUUCUCAAUUUAAAAACAUAGUCAGUAAUAAUGUGAAGAAAUCUCAAAGGGAAGCUGCUAAAGAUGCCAAACAAACAUUAGUACGUACUCAGAAAAUGCAUAUGAAAAGUUACAUAGCAUUACGCCAACAAUGUCGAAUGAAUGAAGCAACAAAGAUUCCAUACUUACAUACAGUAAAACGAACACAGUUUCAGUCUAAAGGCGUAAAAAAAAUUUCUAAUAUCAUUAAAGAAAAUCGGACUUUAGACCCUGAUGUUUUAGACUCAGUAAAUCCAAGUCGUUCUUUAAUCCGAAAACGAAAAUCUUGUAUAGUUUCAUUAAAAGAACAAUAUCCAGUUGUAUUUAAAAGUUCACUGAACUCUCCUAAAUGUGGAAAAUUAGCUUUGGACAAUUUUCAGAGUGAAGUGCGUAUAAUUAAAAAUCGUUCUCCUUUGCAUAAGCGCAAAGUCUUACAUAGAAGGCUCAGUUCAAAGAAUAUGAUUGAGGUAAAAAACGAAGUCAUCAAGCAACCUGAAGAUAAGCUAUCACUAGAAAGAAAGGCUUUUGCUGGGCAUCUAAGCAGAUGGCAGUGUGAGGAGCAUCUCCCAUAACAAUCAAAGCCUGAUGAAGAAGGCAUUAGAUAUUAGGAAGACGAAUAAAUGAAUUUUUUUUUAAUCAUAUUUCACGACCAAACUAUAAAAAACCUGACUAAAUGCAUACAACUUACACAAUUAUUUUUUGUAAAUAUUUUAUUUGUAAAUAUUAUAUAGAAAAAAAAAGUUUUUAAUGUUA